UGCCCCGGCUCUCCUGCCCCGGCUCCGCUAUGCUGCCUGGCGGCGGCUGAGCCGCCGGCUCCGACGAGGCUAUGCUGCCCCGACCGCCGCUGCCCGCGGAGGGCAGGCGAGCAGUGCCCGCGGGCCGCAGCCGGGCCCGGCCGCGGGGCGCCGGCGGCACGGUGCUGCUGCCCUCCAUGCUGAUGUUCGGCGUCAUCCUGGCGUCCAGCGGGCUGCUGCUGAUGAUCGAGAAGGGGAUCCUGGCGGAGGUGAAGCCGCUGCGCCCGGCCGCGGCGGAGACGGCAGGGCCGGGCCGUGGCGGCGGCGAGGGCGCCCACGCCGAGCUGGAGCUCCAGGUGCUGCGGGACAUCCGCAACCGCACCAUCCGCAGCGUCUGCGGGCAGCGCGCCAUGCCCCGCAGCGUCUGGGACCUGCCGGCCGGGCAGCGGCGCACGGUGCUGCGGCACCUCCUGGUCAGCGACAAGUACCGGUUCCUGUACUGCUACGUGCCCAAGGUGGCCUGCUCCAACUGGAAGCGCAUCCUGAAAGUGCUGGCCGGGGCGCUGGAGAGCGUCGACGUCAAGAUGAAGAUGGACCACAAGAGCGACCUGGUGUUCCUGGGGGACAUGAAGCCGGACGAGAUCAGCUACCGCCUGAAGCACUACUACAAGUUCAUCUUCGUGCGGAACCCUAUGGAGAGGCUGCUGUCAGCCUACAGGAACAAGUUUGGGGAGAUCAAGGAGUACCAGCAGAAGUAUGGGGUGGAGAUCGUCAGGCGCUAUCGGAAGAGCGGCGGGAGCUCGGCAGGAGACGAUGUGACCUUCUCCGAGUUCCUUCGCUACCUGCUGGACGAGGACGUGGAGCGGAUGAACGAGCACUGGAUGCCCAUCUACAACCUGUGCCAGCCGUGCGCCGUCCGGUACGACUUCAUCGGCUCCUACGAGCGCCUCAACGCCGACGCCAACUACGUCCUGGAGCAGGUCCGGUCGCCCUCCUCCGUGCGCUUCCCCGAGCGGCAGGCGUGGUACAAGCCUGUGACGGCCGAGACGCUGCAGUACUACCUGUGCAGCGCCCAGCGGCGCCUGCUCAAGGAGCUGCUGCCGAAGUACAUCCUGGAUUUCUCUCUCUUUGCCUACCCCCUCCCCAACAUAACCAGCGAGUUCUGCCGGCAGUAAGGACACUUGGGGAUGUGGCUUAAUGCCCGUGGUGGCCUUAUGCUGACGGUUGGACUCAAUGGCCUUAGAGGUCCCUUCCAGCUGAAACAAUUCCCUGAUUCAAUGACUCUAUGAGCUCUCCCUUUUGGGACCUGCUGUGCAUCACAGAAUGCAUCAGGUUGGAAGGGACCCUUGAAGGUCAUCUUGCCCAAGCCUCUUGCAGCUGGUGGGGACACCUCCAUUUAGGUCAGGUUGCUCAGGACCCCAUCAGGUCUGACGAGCUGUCUGCAGGGAUGGGGCCUGCACCCUGCCAUGGCUGCAGGGAGUAGCUGAGGGGUUGCUGCCAGCCAUGCACUGCUGCAGGGGCUGUGAGGCACACUCUUCUAUGCAUUACUCCCUAAGUUUAUACUUCUCAAACCCUGUUUAUAUGAAAUAUUUUAUAUUGCCUUCGCUACCAGAAUCCUUUUUGUACUGUUCUGCUUUUACUGUGAACAGAACGCUGCUGGCUGGAGCCCAGUAGCCUUUUGUAUAUCAAUUCUGCUUGAAGUUCUGUUGGG